GGCGGUGGUAGCAGCAGCAGCAGCCGUAGCCGAAGGAGAGGCGGCGGCUGCGGCUGCGCCAGGGAAUUCUCUGCGCUUCCCUCGCAACAAAGUUGCGGCGCGCGCGGAAUCUGGAUCGCUCUUGUUGCCUUUUUUUCCGCCUCCCCGUCAGGAUUCGAACCCGGGGCGGGGCGCUGCUUGCCCCGGGGCGGGAGGGAGUGAAAAAGGGAGGGGGAGGGCUCGUCGAGGAGGAGCGGCGGCCGCCACUACUACCACCAUCGCCGUCGCUACUACUGCUUCUGUUCACAUCGGCGCUACUGGUGCCCUGGAUUUAUUCUUUCCCUCCUUCCCAAAGCCUGGAUUCGAUCUCCUGGAUUUGUCUCUGUGUGUCAUUUUUUUGGUGUGCUUUUAAAAAAUACAUAAUUUUUUUUGGACGGUGUGUGUUUGUGGGGGGGGGCAAGCUUGGCUCUUUUGCUCUCUCUCUCCACAGAUCCGAACUCGAGAUUAAUUGCACUGUGUUUGGCUGCGUGGUUUGUCUCUCUCGCUCUUUUUUAAUUUAAAUUUUAAUUUUUGGCAAGGGAGAGGGAAGAUUUGUCAAGGUCACUUCGUGUGGAUUUACAUUUUUCUUCUGGAUCUCUUUCCCCCCCUUUUUCUCUGCCCUCCAUCGGAUCACCCUUUUCUCUCCAUAGAGGUCUGCUGGAUUACAUUUCCCCCCCCCCGGAUUUUAAAAGCCUGAAGAAAGGGAUCCUUUUUUAAAAAAAAAAAGAAAGACAGGCCGGAUUUUGUAGGGUGGCAUAUUUUUUCUUAAAAAACAACACUUUGAUCUGAAAUAAUUUUUUGGUUUUUUUUCUUCUUUAAAAUGGAUGGGAAAAUCAGACAGAGCAGGAAAUCUAGGUCCCAAAGGGACCGCGUGAGGCGGCGAGAUCCAAAUGGCAGAGAUCGCCCGAAUCAAAGCCCUUCCUCGGCAUCCGAGAGAGAACAGAGCCCGGGCAAGGAAAAUACGAGCCAAAACUGUCCAAAUCCUAAAAGCCAGGCUUCUGCAGCCAGGAACGUCAGACCUCCAAGGCGGAGGAGGCGAGAAUCUAGCUCCCAGGAAGAGGAUUUAAUUGAUGGGUUUGCGAUCGCCAGCUUCAGUACCAUGGAAGCUUUGGAGAAGGACAUGUCAUUGAAGCCUCAGGAGAGAAAGGAAAAAUGGGAGAGACAACCAGGAAAGAAACCCAGAGAAUCCGAACAACACUGUGUGUCAGCUGAGCCCAGCGAAAACGGCCAUAAUAACGAUGCUGGGAGUUCAGGGAGAGAGACGGAUCGAGGCAAGGAGCGGGUGAAGAAGAAAAUCCCCUUGAAAAUCCACAAGCAGAUGAAGGUCCCCAUGAAACGAAGUGGCAGGAAUAGCGAGGAUGACAGCAUCCGGGAGGCCACAAGCUCCCAGCUCAGCAGCUCCAGGGACUGCCUCAGUGAUAGUUCUGCUCAAUCACUUUCGGGAAAAGGUUAUUCGUGUGACAGUGAGAGUGACAUUGACGAUAAGAACUCAGCGGACCUGGAGCUGCCUCGUGUCAGGAGUGGCUUAGUAGCAAGCAAGGCUUCCGAAGGCUCAGAGAAGCUGUUCUCCCCAGCAGCAACUAAAGGUCCAGCCUUGAAUGACAAGGCCGAAGCGAAAGCAGGGAGCAUCCCCAAGGUGUCCGGGCUGGAGCGCAGCCAGGAACUGAGCACUGACGUGCCCUUUGUGCUGCCAAUCCACAGCCCCCCACCAAACACUGUUGUAGUGACCUCCACCUCCUCUGCACCGACGUCGAGUGCUCGGACAAGCCCACUGUUAAAAAAAGAGCCAUUGAUCUCAGCACCAGCACCACCGAGACUCACCCCUCAGCCACAGCCUCGGCCUCAGUCGCAGCCUCAACCUCGGCCUCAGUCGCAGCCUCAGCUGCUGCCCGAGAUUCGGACGCAACCUCCAAGCCACAUCCCCCCUCCUCUCAGCUACCCAGUGCAUCACCAGGUGGCCCACAACGGACUCAAUAAUAUCAGCAGAAGCAGCAGUGCCAGUAGCACAACAAGUAUUAGCCUCCCCAAACACCUCCCCAUCUCUCCCCAGAUCCCUCCCCAUCAUUCCUCUGGCCCAGCUUUACCCCUCUCCAUCUCUAACCUUGCUGCCUCGCAUUUCCCUCUCCGAUCUCAGUCCCAACACCAGCACCAUCCGGCCAUGUUUGCCACCCCUCCUACGCUGCCACCUCCUCCAGCAUUGCCCACCAACAGCCUUGUGAUCCCAGGUCACCCCGCAGAUCACGAGCUACUCAGACAAGAGCUGAAUAAUCGGUUUUUGGUUCAGAGUUCGGACAGGGCCGGUGCCUUUCUUGGGCCGGUGCCGCUGCUGAGGGCGGAAUUCCACCAGCACCAGCACACCCACCAGCACCAACACACCCACCAGCACACAUUCACUCCUUUUCCAUCCAGCCUGCCCCAGAUGCCACCCACUGCACCUCCCCUGGUGCGUACCCCCUCCCAAAAUUUCGACAAGUAUGCUCCUAAACUUGAUAACCCAUAUUUUCGACAUUCCAACUUCUUUCCAAGCUAUCCUCCAACAAUGCCUGGAAUGCCACCUAUGCUUCCACAUUCAGGUCCUUUUGGGUCACUUCAGGGAGCAUUUCAGCCGAAGACUUCAAAUCCGAUUGAUGUAGCAAGUAGGCCUGGUGCAGUACACCACACUCUUCUGCAAAAGACACCAGGGGUGUCUGACCCCUAUCGGGCUCCAGUACGAGUAAGUAAGAAGCCUGGCAAGUGGUGUGCUGUUCACGUACAGAUUGCUUGGCAGAUCUACCACCACCAGCAGAAGAUAAAGUACCUCCUGUGGAAUAUGGAGUGUUAUCCUGUUCAGAGUGAAAUGAGCGGUACGGUGAAGGACAUUUUACAAAACAUAGAGCAGCAAAUGCAACUGGAUCCCCACAAGCUAGAAAUAGGUGGGAAACUUGACCUGUUCAGCAGACCGCCUGCCCCCGGUGUGUUCCCCGGGUUCCAUUAUCCUCAAGAUCUUGCCCGGCCACUUUUUUCUACCACAGGUUCUGCCCACCCAACCGCCAAUCCUUUUGGCCCAUCGCCUCAUCACAGCAGCUUCCUGCCUACUAGCCACUUGGCAGGUAGGUAUCCAUUUAGCAGGUCAAGCACCUUCAGCGGCCUUGGGAACUUAGGCAGCAAUGCCUUUGGAGGAUUAGGCAGUCAUACUCUGAGUCACAAUAGCAUUUUUGCUCACAAAGAAGGACCCAACGUCCAGAGCUUCAGCAACCCCCAUGAGCCAUGGAACAGACUCCACCGGACACCCCCUUCCUUCCCAACGCCGCCUCAAUGGCCCAAGCCUGGUGACUCCGAGCGGAGCUCCUCUGUGACAAAUCAUGACAGAGACAGAGAGACAGAGAAGAGGGAUCUUUCUUCAAGUAAAGAAGACAGAGAGAAGGAGAGGGAUCUUAUGGAUAAAAAUAGGCAUUCAAAUAGAUCCUCACCAGCUUCAGCUCCAGUGACUCACCAGAUUAGCAACCUCAUUCGCAGCAACAGCCAGACCUCCAGUGAUUCCACAAGGCAAGCUGGGCUCAGUGAAAGAGAGAGGCCUAAAGAACUGGAGAGAGAGAUUUCUGACCGGUUGAGGGAUCCUCCUCCGAUCGUGGAGCACAAGAUCAAAGAAAGCCGCUCCCCAGUGAAGGAACCACCAAGCCAUGAAAAAAGAUCCUCAGAGGACAACACAAAGCCAGUAAUCCAGUCUGUAUCUCCCUACAGCAAACCUGCACUGAGCGAGAGUUUAAAACUCAGCAAUCUAAUGAACAAGGACAUUGAAAGAAAGCCAGAGCUUCCAACUGACCUUCAGAAGAUUAAGAAUGACAUCAAGGUCAAAGAAGAGCGCAAGGAGGAUAGCGAUGUAUUGGUUGUGAGCUCAGAACCUUCACAGCAUUCCAGAACUGUUGAGCAUCCACCGCCACCUUCUUUGCAUGGAUUGCCGUUGCCCCAUACAAUGGCAGCCACGAUGCCCAUCUCCAUGGGCAGCGUCCAUCAGAUGAACAAUAUGAAUGUCCUGGAUCGUAGCAGAAUGAUGACCCCUCUGAUGGGCAUGAAUCCAUUGUCAGGAAGGGAGAGACUGCCCCAUCCUGGGUUUUCCUGGGACCCAGUGAGGGACCCAUUACGAGAUGCCUAUCGGAGCUUAGACCUGCACCGUCGGAUGGACUUCCAACUCCGAGGAGAUCCAAUCCACAGGUUCCCCACCACUGCUGGGUUCUAUGACCACGAGCGCUCUUACCGAGACAGAGAGCCCCACGAUUAUAACCACGAGAAUCUCCUUGAAGCACGGCGUGAGCAGGAGCGGCUCAGGCAAGCAGAGGAGAGAGAGAGGUUGCACUUACGGGAAGAACUUGAGCGUGCCAGGAUGCAUCACUUGCACUCAUCCCCUAUUGAAAGCCACCUGGCACAUGUGCCAUCAUUCAUGCCUCAUCUCAGUGGGAUGCAUUAUCCCAGACUCAGCCCCUCUGCUGCCAUGCACAAUGGAAUCUUGAAUAGGAACCCACCAACAGCAGCUUUGAGUGCACCACCCCCUUUGGUACCCGCCAGUAGUACAAGGCCAUCCUCCCCCCGCCGGACUACACCACUCACAAACUCUGAAUCAAGAGACUAUUCUCCUUCUAGGAACCCCAAAGAAGUAGAGGCACGAUAGUCCCCAACAAAGAAAACAGGAUGAAUUUUAAAACUCACCUGUAAAUAUAAGGUGGGGGGAGAGAGAAAGACCUUUUAAAAAUGCACUGCUGUAAACUUUUUUAAACUGUAAAAUUUGUAGAAAUUAAGCACAGUUCCAUAAAUAGCCGGGGGAGGGGGAGAGGGUCAUAGGUUACAAACCUUCCAACCAAAUGGUUGCUGAAAAUGGAAAUUUAAUAUAUAGGUCUUGAUUUUGUUUUGUUUUUGCUUCUGUGCUGAGUUAAAAUAUUACCAGGUUUGUACAUUUUUUCCCAAAUGUGAGAAACAAUUUUUAAUGAAUUUGUAUUUUUUUUAAUUUUGUGUGCUCUUUAUUCCCAUAAAGAGCUUUUGUUUUUUGUUUAAAUUCAGUGGCCUCAGAUCCUUAAGUAAAAACAAAACACACACCCAGGGUUUCUUAAAGUAUUAUUUAUGGAAAUACUGUAGUUUUGUACAGUCCACUGUGAGGUUCCUAAACUGAGGCCGCUCACUUUUCUUGGUACUUUGGAACUGAAGUUACAGAUAUAUAUUAAAAUAAUAAUAAUAAUAAUAAUAAUGUACAAAAUUGUUUGGUUUUGCCUUAUAUUAUGGAGAAAUGAGAAUUUUUUGACCUUGUUUUAAACAACAAAAAAGAAAACAAUAUGUAAAUAUUCUGUUAAUAUAAAUGUACACCAAUAUUGAAUUCUUAACAUAGGUAGACUUUAUAAAAAAUGGUUUUUAGAACCACUCUCUGGUUAUCUGUUAAUAUUAUUGCAACUCAUCAUUUUCACUGUCUUGAAAACAAACAAAUACUGGUAUACUCAAAGAAACUGAUUUUGGCAUAAAACCUUCAACUAUGCAAAAGAACUCGGAGGCAGGUACUGGUUGAUACGGGGGCAGGAAGGAAAGCAUUUGCAAAACAACCCCCCAAAAGACCACCCCAAAGCAUCCAACGUAAACAUGCAACUUCAUAGAAAGAAAGGCAAUAGUUAUGUGAAGAGGAAAACUUAUGUUCUACCACAAAAUACUGCAAAAGAAACCCUACAGUGGUUUUUUUAUCAUUUCAAUUUUGCUUUGUGUGUAUAACACACGGAUGUUCAAUAAAUAUAAGGAAAAGCUCCAGAUUAUCUUAUUACUGAAGUUUCCACAACACAGAUACAACUGAUACAGUAAUAUGUGAGAGAUCCCUUUCUCCUUUUCUCACUUCCCCUGGGGUUUUCUUUCUUUUUUUUGGGGGGGGGGGGAGAGAAUUGACUGUCUUUCAUUGUCAUUGCCAGGCACAUGAACAAGGAAGGACAAUCUCCUGUGAAUCCCUUUUGCUAUACAAGAAUGUUAGGAGUGCUGGAAAGAUGUCCAAAUGGUUAAUUUAAGAUGCUUUAUAUGUUCUCUGUCGUUUGCAAAGACAGUGUUUGUUUCAGUGUCAGUUCUGCCUUGACAUUUGGGGGUGGAUGGGUGGUGGUGGUUUGCGCAACAUUUUCAGGUUGAUUUCUAAUACUACUUUUUGUAUGUAAUUUUGCUAUGGCUCAGUUCAACAGAGCAUAUGAAGAGUCCCUUUCAAAAAGCAACAAUCCCUCAAAUUGGAUGUUUCCCAGGAAAAGUGGAGCAGGGAGAUAGAUCACCCAAGUGGCAGACUUUUACCAUUUUUGGAAAGGGCUUUCUGCACUGAUUUGGAUCACAUGCAGCAUCAACUUGCACAUACAGCAUACCACAUCCUGCUAGAGAUGCACAUGUGGAAGCCUCCUUCUUCAUCCAUCAUGCCCCUCCUUUUCUUCUUUAAUCCUCCAGCACUCAUGUUUUUAUAUUAUUGUGUGUUACUGCUUUCUGGUUAACUCAAACGUCUGCUGGUAUUUUCUUCCCUUUACUUUCUGUAUUUCCUUUCCUUCCCACCUCACCCCCCCCCCCAAAAAAAUCCUGU